AAGAGAGCAAGAUGGCGGUCUGCGUAGCUGUAAUAGCAAAAGAGAAUUAUCCUCUUUACAUCCGAAGUGUUCCCACUGAGAACCAGUUAAAGUUUCAUUAUACUGUACACACUUCCUUGGAUGUUGUGGACGAGAAGAUUUCUGCCAUGGGAAAGGCAGUGGUGGACCAGAGGGAACUUUACCUGGGCUUGCUCUAUCCCACAGAGGACUACAAAGUAUAUGGCUAUGUCACAAACUCCAAAGUGAAAUUUGUUAUGGUGGUUGAUUCCUCAAAUACUUCUCUUCGAGAUAAUGAGAUCCGCAGUAUGUUCCGUAAACUGCAUAAUUCGUACACCGAUGUGAUGUGCAAUCCUUUCUACAAUCCUGGGGAUUCUAUUCAGUCACGGGCCUUUGAUAACACAGUCACAUCAAUGAUGGUACCAGCAUGCUGAAAAUCGACCCAAACAUUCAAUGUACAUUUGUGUUCGUGUAACCUUUGGAGAGAUGAGGAGACCAUCCUGUAUUUUUAAAACUGGACACUGGAGUGUUUUUUACAGAAGAGUUCAGUCAUCUUUUGUUUGCUUGAAAACUCAACAACAACAACAGACCUUCUUUCACAGUUGUCGUCCUCACUUGGCUAAUUUUGUUUUACUUAGUAUUAAUCUUGGACUGUUGGAUGGCAAAGGAUCCUAAGGAGACUUCCUGUCUCAGUUGAUUUAAGUUGUAGUAGUAGGAACUAGUAUACUAUAUAUUACAAUAAAAUAAUACCCAAAUUAAA